CCCGUUUCCCUGAACACUGGAGGAAUCAAACAAUGGGAGGCAGUGUCCUUGCUCACAGGUCCAAGGUUCUUUUAGCUGGCACCUCCACCCUAAAUCUCUCUCUAGGCUUCUCCCAGGGCCACAUCACACUUCCAGGCAGUGUCUGUCUCUGUCCUGCUUCUUCCUCACCACACGAACCCUUGGUUACAAUAAUACUGAGCAAAGUCCCUCUGCCCACAUUGUCAAUUCCUGAUCUCACUUAUGCCUUUGCUUUGGGCGAUGACGUACACUUAACUGCCUCUUACAGUUAUCUUAAAUGAAGGGCAGUGGUUAAACCUGUAUUAUUAUUUGCAUGAUGGUAGUGCCUAUGUGUGUCUAUCUGUCCAGGUGCUUAUAGGGCUCUCCAUCACUGAAGUAGCUGAGCAAAUGGUCACCUGGACACCUAAUUGGACUUUGCAUGCACAAUCCCUGUGAAUGCCCAGGGGACUUGUGCACACAAUAAAAUCUGGAUCUGUGUUUUCAAAGCACUGUGCAAACACUGGGCUAGAUUCACUUCUGCUUGAAGGACCUAGGCUCCAGCUGUAGGGGAGCCCUCUCAGGAGUAGAAGAAGCAUAACAGUGCAAGCGGCCCAUAUACCUGUUGUGCCCAGAGCCAUCUGGUGCAGCCCUAAAAUGGGGCGGGGGGGGGGAGCUAGGGGAGGGGCCAGAGCCAAGGAAGGCCCCUGGCAGAGGUGCCCUCUAGGUCGAUUUGCUGCGCAUCCUCUGUUGGUGGGGGAUUCUACUGGAGCCCCUGCCCUGGCUGGACACUACUUGCCCCAGCAGUGAAUCAAGCCCACUAGCUAACACAUACGAGCCCAGCUCUGAAUCCCUUACUCAGCUUUGACUCCCUCCUUCCUCAGCCAGGAAUUUUGCCUGGGUGAAAAGGUCAGGAUUUGGCUCUGUAACUGCAGACCCAGACAUAGAGGUCCCGAUGACCGUUAACCCCAUGCGCGCCUGCUCUUGGUGCAGCGCAGUUCUGGGGAAUACUGGCUGCUUCCCAGGUCUGACUGCUCCUCUGCACUUCCUGAGGUAAGUGACACCUGUCCUCUCCCUGUCUGGUCAUCCUUUUGGGACAGACAUUUCUCCUCUCCUCCUGUCCGCCCCAGGUGCCAGGCAGCCCUGCUUCUUGGCUUCUCAUGGCUCCAGCCCAGCAUAUAAAUCACAGAUCCCCUCCGCAGUCCCAUUUUGCUGUCAUAAUUAAGCUUAUUCUGCCAUAUCUCCUCUUGUUCCCAAGCAGCUCUCCAAAGGGUCUUUGGAGGUUUCUCAUUUGUUCUAAAUCCAAAUGUCUCUCGCUCUGCUCCCAAAAUGUGCGGAGGAGAAUUUACACAGGGACUGAAGGUGUUAAAACCAUAAAGUUUCUCUUUAAAGCGGGUCUGCCACCAUGGGGCGAGAUGCUCAUGCAUGAGUCACACCCAAAUGCUAAACAAGAUCACAGCUCCUUGGAACACAAGAGCACGGGUAGGAUCUGCAAAUCCAUUGCCCUGAAAGUGCAGGCUGCAGUAGGUGGGUAGCCCUCAGAUGCUGCUCUUGUUCUGUUUUGCAUAGUUAUCCAAGAGAUCUGCCCUCAAACAAAGGGAUUUGCCAUCUCCUUCUGCUAGAUCCUGCAGUGAUGUCCUCUUGCCAGGCUAGUGACAUUACAGUCAUUUCCAUGGCAACACACUGUGAUAUCACAAACACAGGCGGUUGACCUCAUGGCAGGGUCUAGUAGAGGGAAACCCCCUUGGUGCUGACCUGCCAUCCAAAGAAGGGUUGUUAUUUAUUGGCUAACAAAACAUGCAGACCGCCAAUCCACUGUUUGAUGGAACCCACCCUUCUGGUCCCCAGCACAGCCAUGUGUCUGCACUGGAGCCUGCUGUUUGUUUAGGGCAGGGAGAUGAUUUCUUCCAUGCAGCGCCAAGCAUGCUGUCAGCACUCAACAGAUACAUAACAAGAAGCAUGAGAAGCUGCGUUCCAGAGGCUGGGAGGAAGAGAGGGGUGGCUCUCCUUAAAAAUAUUGACAGAUGUAACAAAUAAUACAAUGACAUUGCCGAUCUCUAGCCUCUUCUACAUCUGGAUCUCAAAGCUUUUCCCAAAACAGAAUGAACAAACCCUUCUGCCUCUCUGAGGUGAGUCAGGAUCAUUAUCCCCUUUUACAGGUGGGAAAACUGAGGCAUGGAUGGGCAUCUGAGCAAAACUUUCAAUCCUGGGUGCCUGAAGUUAGGCACUUCAGUUUGUACAGAGGGGCUGAAAUAACUGACCUGAUUUUCAGUGGUGUUGAGUCCUGACAGCUCCCACUGGAGCUGAUGAGAAUCAGGCCACUUUUAUUUACCUGCCUAACUAUGGAUUUAGGGGUCUAUCUUUAGAGUACCCAAGUCUGAACAUUUUGGCUUCAGUAUCUUGCCCCAGGCCACACAGCGGGCCGGGGUCAGAGGAAGAGCUCAGUCCCCCCAACUUUCAGCCUUAGCUACCAGACCAUCCUUCCUCUGACUCAGGAAGACAUUACAGCAAAUGGACACCAGUACAACUACCAUUGAUCAUAGGCAGUAGAUAUGGAAAAGUCCUGUUAGGUCCCAUCUAGUCCAUCUGCAGAACCCGGGUAGGAUCUUUCCCUCUAAUCCAGGAGUCGGCAACCUUUCAGAAGUGGUGUGCCGAGUGUUCAUUUAUUCACUCUGAUUUAAGGUUCCGCGUGCCAGUAAUACAUUUUAAAGUUUUCAGAAGGUCUCUUUCUGUAAGUCUAUAACUAAACCAUUGUUGUAUGUAAAGUAAAUAAGAUUUUUAAAAUGUUCAAGAACCUUUAUUUAAAAUUAAAUUAAAAUGCAGAGCCCCCCGGCGGGCAGGGCAGUAUGAGUGGCACUGAAAAUCAGCUCUCCUGCUGCCUUUAGCAGCUGUGCCAUAGGUUGCCUACCCCUGCUCUAGGCUAUUUACUAGACCAUUUUGUCCAGUCUAGGACAACAAACAAAUGCCUUAAGAGUGUCCAGCGCCCGGCACAAUGCAUGAGUGGGCCUCUAGGUGCUCACUGCUACACUCAGGCGAAGAAAUAACAGGGAUGUUAUUGGAGUUUGAUUCCAGCUGCCAGCCCCACUUCAGCAGCCCCCUUGUGUGGGUUGCAGGAACUGCUGGGCCCCCUUACUGAAAGGUACAGGUCAGUCUGCAGCCUCUCUCUCCCCGCUGGCCUGGUUUGAUUGCAUGUAGAUUCGGCGUGUUUGCGUGCUGCUGAGCGGCCUCCCUCCCCUGAUUCAGUAAAGAGCGAAGACUUCCAGUGUCUCCCCCCAGGACUAGCCGCCAGCCCCUCUUCCUGGCAGCGACCAGGCUGAGCUCUCUGGAGUGAUCCACCUGUAAUUCCUCUCCUCUUCCCCAUCACCCGCCUGCAGCUCUGCUCCUUUAUCAUCGUGUGUCUGUGCCGAGAAGCAGAGACAAGAAACUAAAAAAAAAAGCACGUAAAAAAAGCGCCGUAGAAAAGCAGAGCAAAUUAAGCAGAGCCCUGAUCUGCUCGGGUUUGUGCUUGCCAAAAAUGCACCGUGCAUCUUAAUUCGCUCUGCUUUUCAGCUCUCACACACUGCUCUCCUGGUGCCAUUUCGGCGCUCUCCGCUCAGCCUUUUCAACACUUCAUUCUUCUUCGGUAUGUGUGUGUGUGUGUGUGUGUGAUUGCAGAAGCUGCUGCCGUCGGUGCACAGGGGCGAAGGAGAUCCCCCCUUGGAGCUCUCCUGGCAGUUCCAAAGCAUCCAGUGGGUCCCCGUUGCAUUUUUUCCAGCCGCCUCGAUUUUUGUGGGGGUGCAUUUUCUAGAAAGUGCUUCUUGGGCGCGCUCCAAUCUAUUUUACACCCAUCCCUGGGAGCUGCCUUUUAUCUCCCCGGGAUCCUUAGAAAAUACACGCGUACCUAAAAAGGACCCGGAAUCCACACUGGGGGUAGGCUCCUCUGUUUCAGUGCAUGGCUUUUCUGCUGGCUAUCCGGAUUGCAGCAAAAAAAUAAAAUAAAAAAGAGAAAAAAAAAGUAAAAGCAGCAGAAGACAAUCUCCCCUCCCCCUCUUCUCAAUUGCAAUCCCAACUGGAACUUUUUCUCUUCUAUCCGGGAUGCCUUUCCUCAUCUCCAGUCCUCAGCUUUGAGAGCAGCCUCUUGUUUUUUUAAGUGGAGGGGGUUGGGGGGGAUCCCUUUUAUUGCAGAGGGAAACACGCCGAGAGGGGAUCUCUUUGCAGGCUCUUGUGCAAUCUAGCGCUCUCGCUCUCUCUCUAUUUUUGCAUGCAUCUCCUGCUGCAGCAGAUCCAGCCAGCACGGAGGAGGGGAUGGAAAGGGUGCACCCUCCUCUCCUGAUCCUCUCUUCUGCCUCUGUGUGGUUUUUUUUGCAGGUGUGUCAAUUUUAAUUCUGCCCAGUAGGUGGGACUUGGUGACUUUAGCACCAUUUGUGUGUGUGUGUGUGUGUGUGUGCGUGCUUCCUCCCCAUCUUCUAUUGCAAUCCUCAGAAGUCCCUCCGAGAGAGCGAGAGAGCGCCUGAUACCGAGAGCCAGCCUGCAAUCAACAAGGCACUAUGCAUUUCAGACCGCUACUGUAGGGGGAAUUACAGCUUCUCCUAGCCAGCUGCCAGCAUGAUUUCAUCUGCUGGAGGAUUUUUGCAUCUGAUCGUUUGAGUUUUUUUUUUCCUCCCUCUGUCUUUGUUUCCUUCCCCUUCUCUCCCCCCAUCCCCCUUUCCUCCUCCUCCUCCUCCUCUUUUUUAGAAGCAGCAGUCGGAGAUGGAUGUCUCUCUUUGCCCUACCAAGUGCAGUUUCUGGAGGGUAUUUUUGCUCUGGAGCAUUUGGGGAGACUAUCUGCUUUCGGUGCUGGCUUGCCCUGCGAAUUGCCUUUGCAGCAAGAUAGACAUCAAUUGCAAGAAGCCGGAUGAUGGGAACCUCUUCCCUCUCCUGGAAGGGCAGGAUUCAGGCACCAGCAAUGGGAACACCAGCAUCAACAUCACUGACAUCUCAAGGAACAUCACUUCAAUACACAUAGAGAACUGGAAGAACUUGCAGACGCUGAAUGCUGUAGACAUGGAGCUGUACACGGGACUCCAGAGGUUGACAAUCAGGAACUCAGGACUUCGCAGCAUCCAGCCGCGAGCCUUUGCCAAGAACCCUCAUCUGCGCUACAUAAACCUCUCCGAUAACCGGCUUACCACACUGUCAUGGCAACUCUUCCAGACACUGAGACUUUCUGAACUGACACUCGAAAGAAACCUUUUUAACUGCAGCUGUGACAUCCGCUGGAUUCAGCUCUGGCAGGAGAAGGGUGAAGCAAACCUGCAGAAACAGGAGCUAUACUGCACGAACAUGGAGGCUGCUGUCAUUCCCCUGCAGGAGAUGAACAUCACUCAGUGUGAUCUGCCCGAGAUCAGCGUCAGCCACAUUAACCUGACUGUGCGGGAAGGUGAGAACGCGGUGAUCACCUGCAAUGGCUCAGGCGCUCCGCUGCCUGACGUAGACUGGACAGUUGCAGAUCUGCACUCCAUCACUACUCACCAGACGAAUCUGAACUGGACUAAUGUUCAUGCCAUCAAUUUGACCCUGGUGAACGUCACCAGUGAGGAUAACGGUUUCCUCCUGACAUGUAUUGCUGAGAACGUGGUGGGAAUGACCAAUGCCAGCGUGCUGCUCACGGUCUACUAUCCGCCACGCAUUCAGAGCCUGGAGGAGCCAGAGCUGCGUCUGGAGCAUUGCAUUGAGUUUGUGGUGCAUGGGAACCCAGCACCCAGCCUUCACUGGCUACACAAUGGCCAGGUCCUCAGGGAGACUGAGAUCAUCCGCAUGGAGUUCUAUCAGCAGGGUGAAGUGUCUGAGGGCUGUCUACUCUUCAACAAGCCCACUCACUACAACAAUGGCAACUACACCCUUGUGGCCACCAACCAGCUGGGGACAGCCAACCAGACCAUCAAAGGGCACUUCCUCGAGAAGCCCUUUCCAGAGAGUACGGAUAACUUUGUUUCAAUUGGUGACUAUGAAGUGAGCCCCACCCCACCUAUCACCGUCACCCACAAACCAGAGGAGGAUACAUUUGGGGUAUCCAUAGCAGUUGGGCUUGCAGCUUUCGCCUGUGUCCUCUUGGUGGUGCUCUUUAUUAUGAUCAACAAGUAUGGUCGUCGGUCCAAGUUUGGGAUGAAAGGUCCCGUGGCAGUGAUCAGUGGGGAGGAGGAUUCUGCCAGCCCCCUCCAUCAUAUCAACCAUGGCAUCACCACACCCUCGUCGCUGGAUGCUGGCCCGGACACGGUGGUGAUCGGCAUGACCCGUAUCCCUGUCAUUGAGAACCCCCAGUACUUCAGGCAAGGCCACAACUGCCACAAGCCAGACACAUAUGUUCAGCAUAUUAAGAGGAGAGACAUCGUUCUGAAGAGGGAACUGGGAGAAGGUGCCUUCGGGAAGGUGUUCUUGGCCGAGUGCUACAACCUUAGCCCCACCAAGGACAAGAUGCUGGUGGCAGUGAAGGCUCUGAAAGACCCCACUUUGGCAGCCCGCAAGGAUUUCCAGAGGGAGGCAGAGCUGCUCACUAACCUGCAGCAUGAGCACAUUGUCAAAUUCUAUGGAGUCUGCGGUGAUGGGGACCCUCUCAUCAUGGUCUUUGAAUACAUGAAGCAUGGGGACCUGAAUAAGUUCCUCAGGGCGCACGGCCCAGAUGCUAUGAUCCUGGUGGACGGGCAGCCUCGGCAGGCCAAGGGGGAACUGGGGCUGUCUCAAAUGCUGCACAUCGCUAGCCAGAUUGCCUCUGGAAUGGUGUACCUUGCUUCCCAGCACUUCGUCCACAGAGACCUGGCAACCAGGAACUGCUUGGUUGGAGUCAACCUGCUGGUGAAGAUUGGCGACUUUGGGAUGUCAAGAGAUGUCUACAGCACUGAUUACUACAGGGAAGGGCCGCAUCCGAAGGGCCAAUGCAGCGCAGCGUGGCAGCGGCAGAGACUAGCACGACCAGCAGCUAAAACAGGGGUCUCUACCUUAUUCACUACACACCAUGCAACAUCUGCAGUGAAAGAGGAAAGGAUGCUAUGGAUACCACCUUCAUUCAUGACACACCAUGCAAUAUCUGCAGUGAAUGAGGUUGGAGGACACACCAUGCUGCCCAUCCGUUGGAUGCCCCCUGAGAGCAUCAUGUACCGGAAGUUCACAACAGAGAGUGAUGUGUGGAGCUUUGGGGUGAUCCUCUGGGAGAUCUUCACAUAUGGGAAGCAGCCCUGGUUUCAGCUCUCAAACACAGAGGUCAUCGAGUGCAUCACCCAAGGCCGAGUCUUGGAGAGGCCUCGAGUUUGUCCCAAGGAGGUUUAUGACAUCAUGUUGGGCUGCUGGCAGAGGGAACCUCAGCAGCGGCUCAACAUCAAGGAAAUCUACAAGAUCCUUCAUGCUCUUGGCAAGGCCACACCAAUCUACCUGGACAUCCUUGGCUAGCAGUGGCCACUUGUCAAAAGUUCCUGCUCCUUCCUUCCUCCACCCUCCCCACCUCCUCUUCUCCCCAACCCCUUCAGCCCCCAAGCAAACAUCUUCAUAUAAACUCAAGUGCCUGCUACACAUACAACACUGAAAAACAAAACAAAACAAAAAAACAACCACCUGUAAGGCAGUUUGGCUUAUAUAUAUUUAUAGAUAUAUAGAUAUAGAUAUAUAUACCUUCCACACCAAUACAGAAAGAAGCUGCUGUUACAGAAACUAGAAGACUUUUAAAAACAAAACAAAAAAGAAGAGAAGAAACUUAAAGUGCUUAAAAAAAAAAAAAAGGAAGAAUCUUUUCCCCCAUGCUGUGGAGCAGUGAAACAUGACCCUGCUGUGCUUUGUGCGCUUGCUCAAGACUCUUGCUAGUACAGAGACUCAGUCCCGGGGAAAAGCUCUGGGAGGAGGCCCUGCCCCAUUUGUAAGAUACGCACUGAAUGUGUGACUCAGUCCCCCCUCCCCGGCAUUCGGGCUCUGAGCCAUGGCAGUGCCCCUGGAGGAAUUUGCAAUUCCACCCGCCCACUUUCCCACCCUUUUCCUCCUUUUAACAUUGCAGGACAAUUUUUCUAAUUUGCCAAUUCUUAAAUGUAUCGACUCAAGGCUUUCGGAACAUACAGUAAAGGAUCGCGGCACCUACGGGUAAACCACUCAUGAGAAACAGCCACCCUCCCACAGAACACAGACAAGAGGCACUCAACCUUUCUAUUGCCCAGCGCCAAUCCUUUGUCAGGCUCUGAGGAUCAAUGCCGGGGACCAGAGCAGCUGCCUGGGAGAGCCAUACAGAGAGCAGAGUUGGGGAGGGGCCUGUGCCAUUCUAAGGAUGCUUUGACCACUCUUCGGCAUGCGGGACAGGCACCCAGCCCAUGCGUCACCCCCAAAUAGGGGGCGGUUUUGAAAGUAAAACCCUCUGCUAUGCUUAUUUUGCCAUGAUAGAGAUGUGAGGAGAGCCCCCAUCGUACAGAUGGGCCAAAUUCAUCCCUGGCACAACGGCACUGAAAUCAGGGCUUUCCCCAGGGAUGUGUUCAAAGGCUGUAGUUUGUCAUCUGGCUGGGGACUGACUUGCAGUGCCACAGGGGUGCUCUUCAGGGAUAGUAUGCCAUACUGCCCCUCCUCUCUUUCCCUCACCCCCACCAUCCACCCCCCUCUCCCUUGGUCCAGUACCUAGUAUAUCUGCCAAAGGGGUGGGGGGUGCAGGGGAAACAAAGGUGUCUGGUAGAUGACUGGGAACCUAUCAGCACCUGCCCAGGCCCUGUUGACAUUCGCCUCACGUCCCCAGGCCCUGAAAGGAUUGAUGCAUCUGCCUUUGAGUUGCUGUGAAAAUGCAGAGGCUGAAGAAUAGCUCCACUGAUAGCCCGGAGAGCUGGGGGAGGGGAAGGUGGUUCCUUCCCGAGGAGACAGCUCAGCAAAUGGCCACUGCAGCCAGCCUUGCAUGUCAAUGAGGACAAAGGCCUGGCCAAGGGGACGGGGACAACCAGGGGAGGGGGAGAGAAGCAGUCCCUGUCCCAUGCCCCCAUCAAUAAAAGUAAUCAACCUCCUGAUGAAAGGCUUCCUCAAAGACAGGCUCCUGCUUGAAGCAGGCCUGGGAAACAAACGUUUCUGGUUCAUUUCUUAUCCGGCUAAUGGAGGAUGAGGGGAGAACAUGCUGCUUGGCAGCUUCAGCCUGGAGGAGCCUGGAGCACGGGAGCUGCUGUCAAGGCAGAGUCUGUAAGGUGACUGCUGCAGACCCAGAAAUAGCUUGUUGGGAUGUGGCCCUUGUCAUGGAAGGAGUGGGGGGAUCGUCUCUUCCCUCCUCCCCCCCCCCCCGCAGCAUUCCCUGCUCAGAGCAAUUGACAGGGCAGGCUACAUUCAAGAAAAGAUCCUUCUGUCCAGCUGGUGACAUAGUUGCGAUGUGCUGCACAGAGGACAUCCCCAUCCCCGCCCCCCUACAGUCACCCCAUUUGUCUGGAGCUGUUUUGUUCAUGCCUUAAAUCAGAGGAGGGGACCCUGGCACAAGGAGAGGAAGUAAGCAGAUCCAGGGGAAGGCCUCUCUGGUGCUAGUGGAGCGGAGUCUGCAGGGGCUAAGGCUGCUGGAGAGGGAUGGGUGCAGUGGCUUAUUUGGCUGAGUUGGUGCUUGCUGUACUAAAGGCAUUGGCAAGGGGAGUGGAGAUAAAAUGUGACUCUUUGGCCUGCCUCACGAAAACCAGGAUCUGUCAGUGCUCGGCAGUAACAGGCAAGGCCAGUUCAGCAGGCUCUGGAGUUGGGGCAGCUUGCAGGGCCAUUAGUGUUACAAUGCUGCAUGAUUGUGUAUGGCUCGCUUUGGAUAACAGAACUGAGCUGUUGGCAGGAGGACAGGCAAGGAAGGGGCGCUAAUGGCCCCAGAGAUCAUAGAGAUCCACAGUCUGCUGCGCCACUCCCCCCACGCUCUGCAUGGCUUUGUUCUCCUGGGGCAGCUGGACAACGGGAGCUGGCUUUGGUGAGAGGGCCAUCCAGUCUCUCCCCUUCCCUCCCACCCAUUUAACUAACCCUUCAAACCCCUUCCCCCAGUCAUAGCACCCAUAGACCCCACAAUUCCAUGUUAAAUUCAGAAGCAGCCCACCCUCCAGCCCUGCUGCAAACUAGGGAUUUCCCCUCCCCCAUCCCACGAGUGGUGGCUUCCCCAAGCCAGCUCUGUGUGUGGGCACCUGAGCAAGGUGAGAGCAGGAGCAAGGAAAGACAUCAGGCCUGAAUGCAGCAUGGAUAUUAAUAACUGGUCUAAUGAAAGGAGAGGAUGUUGUCCCCUGAAAGAUGUUAAGCUCCUGACACAGAGAUUUAGGCUGUCACACUGCCCUAUUCUUAGCCCCACCAAAUGCAAUUAUGGCAUUGGGGAAAGGUUCUUUUGUCAAAGCUUGUUUUGAGUAGCUGCUCAGCAAAAAAUCAAGGCAGGGUUGAUACCGUGGAAUGGAGUCAUGAUUCCCCUGCUGCCUCUGCUUUGAGCCUAUGGGUGUCGGGUUUAGCUUCUGUUUGUUUUUUUUCUGUACAGGUGAGAGGAAAUAGUUGCAGAUAUGCUGUGGGAGUUGGGAAGGACGCUGGGCCAAGUUACAGGGGAGCAUACCAGGAGUCUCCUGUUUGCCAGAAUUAAUAUGGAGCCCCUUUAGUCUGCAUGGGUGGGUCUCUCACCCACCACAGGACCAGAAGUUCUUGAUGGCUGUGAAGCCUGUGUGGUCCCACUUUGUCAAAGUGCAGGAUUUGGAGAAACCCAUGCAGUGUGCCUCAGAGCAAAGAUUGACUCUAGAAUGUGGGUGCCUUUGUAGACAAGGGAGGCACAAGUGACUCCAACAUUGUGCAGAUCCUUCAUUUGCUCCCCCCGUGAAGAGGGCUAGCUAUCGCUCUGCUGCCAGGAAUGCCAGAGCUCUCCCCCAGCCUGGUUCCUUGUGUCAUGCCCCAAGGACAGCAAUUGGCUCUGGCUUAGGCUUAUUUCAAUUCCCGUCCCCACACAAGGGCAUUCCCAUUACUCUCCUCCUUUCACUGAGCUGGUCCCGAAUGCCUUGUGAAAGGGGAGGUGGGUCAGACCCAAAGGCAGUCUUGGACCUUAGCUGAGAACAGGACUGUUGCCCUUCCUUGAACUGGCAGUGGGGCACUUUUAUUUAGGGAAAAGAUUAACCCAGGCAAAUCCCUUUGAGGGUUUCACCUAGAUGGAAACCUGCUGUUUAUAAGGGCACUGGAGCUGUGCUGUGGUUGGCCCUGGGUUGUGGUCUCAGUAACCUCAUGUUGUUGUUGUUGUUUUUCCCCAUAUAUUGUGUGGUUUCCAGUUUCUAACAUUUAGGUGAAGCGGAUACUUCUUGCGGGUGGGCCAUUGAGCGCUCAGUGUUUAAAUAGGGCUCAACCCCAGCUCUUGAAGUCAGCCUCUUCUUUUGCAUGCCUGUAUUGUUGCUCACACAGCUCUCUACACUCCAGUUUUUGCACACACCUCUCAGACAUGGAUGGUCAUUACAUGCUUUGUAUGUGCAAUCCUGAUCACCUGGCACAUGCAUGUGAGUUCAAGGUUUUGAAUUUGCAUGAACUUGGGUGUGAAAAAUGGUGUGCAAAAACUUCAGUGUGGAGGAAUACAUGUGCAAAAGCAAGUGUGAAAAUGUUGGGGUUCCAUUAUAGAGGCUGCUUUUGAAAAUGUGAUCCUCAAAGGUCCGCCGACUGCCUCUCUCCUGUAGUGGGUAGAAUAAGCUGUCUCAGUGAGACAGCGCUGGGAAAAGGCCUCAUAAGGAAGGGGACAGUAUUACAAGUUCAGUGCACUACUUGGGUUAAGUAAACCAUAGUUGUAUUAGAAAGGGCUAGUGUUAUAUUAAAUCUCAAGUGGUGGUGAUGGUAGAAACUGAAAUAAAAAAUAAAUUGUGUGACUGGGACUACAGGAAAAUGAGGCUAUAAUUCUAGGCAAACACUGGCAAAAAAGCAAAGGUCACUAGCAGGCAGGGGUCUGAACUGUGCUGUGUUGUGAGCUUUUCUGGGUCUGAAAUACCAGCAGAACAAGGCCUGGGCAAUAUUAAAUCUUUCAGGGACAAAGGCAGGGAAAUCCAAAGCUAAGGCUGCUGUUUUCUCUUCCGAAGAAAGGCUUUUACCUGUCAGGACCCAAGUGCAUUUGCUGCCUAAUAUGCCAGCAAUACCAGCAACUGUAACUGCAGAAACACAGAACCCGGGUCUCGGCAGAUGAGUGAAGAAGGAAUUGAUUUAAGCGCUGCAGUUUGUUGGGUGUAUCUAUUUGUCAUUGGUGAGUCUGCAUCUAAAGUGUGUUCUGUUCAGAGCUUGGAACUUCGGCAAUUCUAUUACGGUUGCGUAUUUAUUUUUAUAACGAAGCAUUUCACUUCUGGCACCCAAUGGUGACUCUCAUUUUACAGGCUGAAUGGAAUAUGUUGCAUUCAAGCCUAGUAGCCAAAUGUACUGACAGAGAAGGCCCUCCUCGCUCUCUGCAGGUAACUUUUACACCUCAGGGUGGCCUAGUACCAGGCUUUGCCCUCCUCUGGGGCAGCUGUGCCAGUUUACUAGACUGAGACUGUGGCCCAUGCCCAGUGCCUUCCUGUACAGUUACAUAUGUCCACCUCUCCUGAGGCUCAGCAGCUGGAGCUCGGUCACACACCGCUAAAUGGGAAGCUGGCAGUGGUGCCAUGCUGAGGCCUAGCCUACAGAAACCUGACUGAGAAUGUGAGGGAGAGCCUAGAGUAUCUGUCAUAUGAGGAUGUGCCAGUUUCGGGGCAGGGAAGAACCAGUUGUUGAGAAGAGACACACCAGAAAGGAUAGCUUGCCCCAUUGGCUUUCCAUUCAUCGGGACUUGGUUUAAGACGGUAGUAUUUUUUGUACAAAGAGGGGGGAGGAUUUAAUGUCUGACAGGAUAUUUAGCACUUGGGUCAUUCACCUUGCAUGGGCCAGGUCUUGGCUGUGAAGCAGUCCCUCCUGUUUACCAGGAAGAGCCUGGGUUGUGUUCUAUGCUGUUUAGUUGCUUCUCUCUGCUUUUGAGAUGCCUCCCAGUUUCUCUAAAUGUGGAUUUUCACAGGCAAAGGGAGCUGAUGGGGUGGGGCGGUUGGCCGUGAUCGGGUCUGAUGUCUCCAUACAGUUGUGCCCUGCGUAUUGUGGGAAGACAGGAUGCCCAUGCCAAGAAAAGCACUAGGCAGGUACAUGCUUUGGAUCGAUGCAAAGACACAUCCCCAAAUGCUCUGCUGUGCUACGGUGUCCUUUUAAGGAACAGGAUGGGACUGCACCUUUGGGAUGAGUAUGCUGUCGGCUUGCAAAGGAGAAGAAAUUGCAGGGGGAGCAUGCUACUUUGUGCUCCAUUAGCAUAAUGGCUAAGUGGAGAAACUUGCUUAGCUCUUCUCCAGAAUCACUGCUAGAAACUGUGCUCCUGGCUGGGACCUUGCGGAUCCUGGGUCUACCCGAGUGAAUGUGUACGAAGACAUAACCUCCAAGCGGGAGACCAUAGUGUCGCAAAUGGCACAGGCGUAUGUAGUCUCUGCUCCCAGUGGGAUGCAGAUGUAACAGUGCGUCCUUCAGUCACUUUCAUGCCCCUAGUUCCUUGUCUGUACAUUAGGCAGUGGAACAAGUUGCCAGCCAAAGUGGUGGAAGUCUCAUUGCUUGCGACUUUUAAAACUAUGCUAGAAAAUUGUGGGGAACAAUCUUGCUUGGGACCCCAGGAGACAGGCUAAGUGACUUCAUGGGUCAUUUUCAUCUCUAGCUUCUGUGGUUUCCCACUGGCCACAAUUUGGCAACUCUUCUUUACAGCCUCUGUCUUCUAAAACAACCAGCUGUAACAUUCCUCAAAGGAAAUGGAUGAUUAUCACAUAACUCCCAUUGACACUCAGGGAUCCCCUAUGGGAACUGAUCUCCCAGACAAAAAAGUGACUGACCUUAAAACCUGAAGCCAGAAGUUUAGCAGCUGUUCUGAAGAGGCCUUUAGCUGCAGAACUACCGGCUUCUUAAGACAAGAGCCCAGCAGGAGAUGACUGAAAUGCCUCUGUGAAGGAAAUCAUAGCAUUGGGAGGUCUGAUUUUUUUUUUCUUUUGCACAUGCUGGCUCUCUGUUGGUUUCCAACCUCCCAGAUCUUUGCUGCUUGAUAUUUAGAUAAAUGAAGUUGCUGCAUUCACUUCCUUCAGAACAAAUAGUACUGGCACAAGGCCUGUGAUUUUGCUGGUGUAGGUGUGAUAAGAUUCCCUCAAACCCCACCCCCUGCCACCCUACACACACACUUUUCCUUUCUGUCCUUGUAGUUCUCUGGGAGUGACAAACAGACUUUGUAAACUGAGUGAAAGUCUUAAUGUGAGGUGAAUCUGAAGACCACAGUUUGGACUUCAAACAGUGAGAAAAUUGGCACUGAAUGAUUCCGCACGCAAAACAGAAAACUUUCAUUUCCUACAGGCAGGAUGGAAUUGACUGUUAUAUUAAGACUUCAGAAGGAGCACUGCCCUGGAGUAAUUUCACUGCUGUCAGGCAAUGUUGACAUCUAGAUUAACCUCUGUGCAGUGAAUUUUACAGCAAAGCUCAUUGUGAUGCGUGUGGGAUAUCUCCUGUAAAUCCCAGCUGAAACCAAGGGUGUCCCACCCCCCUCUAUGAGAAGAAGGGGAAGAACCUGGCAAGCUACUGUGUUUCUUUUACUUCAGCAGAACACGGCUCUGACCUCGUCCAGGCCAUUCCUGCUGAGACAGGCUUUCUGCUCUGCUAAAGUGACAGGAGUUUUAGCCCAUAUAUUUUUUUAAUCCCCCCAAAGUAUUUAAAUCAAGGGGAUGAAAGGCUCUUUGCUAUUGACAGAUAGGUUCUGCCAUAUAUCCACAAGCAAACUGUCAUAGUUAAAAGGAACUGGUUAACCAGUAGCUGUUAGUGUCUCUCACUGAUUAACUCCAAACUAGGGCAUUGAUCAGACCUGAUAUGGUGAGUAAUGCCGCUCACUCUCACAGCUUCUGCCAACCGGCUGCAUCUAGUGUUAACCAGCCAGCCCAGAGGCUAACUAUUUAAACUAUGAGCACUAGACAAAAGAUGCAGGAAUUAAAGGAGUUCACAUAGUUCAUUCUGCAGAAGUCAAAGGCCAUUGCAAGAGAAGUCUCCAAACUCCUUAUUUCUUUGCUCUGGCUGUUAAAUCCAAACUGCAAGGUAGGAGCAAGUACCCCUGGUAUUUUCUUUGAGUAGCUUCAGGAGCAAAAGUUUCCAGGGCUGAGAGGUACAGAAGCGGAACUGCCUUCUCCUCCCUUGUGUGCUAGAGACAAUGCUCUCAGCAGGCAUUAGUAGGUACCCAGUGAAGUCACCUAGUUCUUUUGAUUACCUCUGUGUAGACAAGCACUGGCAGCUGGAAAAUGUCAGGACUUGAGGGCGUAUCCUGCAUUCUAGCUAUUCUUUAUGCCUUGCUCUUCUUGUUCAUCUCCAAACUCAUAUAUGUCUAUAAUCAAUAGCAAAAACUCUAGGCAAAAAGGACAAAAUGUCAGGCUCUCAGUGGCAAACCCUCAAGGCAAAAUCUCCAUCAUAUUUUUAGAAAUUCCUUUCAUGAAAAAAAUCUUUGUUAAAGAAGUUUAUUGUUUAUGAAGUGCUCUGAGAUCCCUGGGUAAAAGUGACUAUAGAGUCAAGAGCUUCAUUUUCAGAGGUAGCACAUGCAUCAUUAAAAAAAGAUUGAUGAUAAGACAGAAAAUACGAUAUUGCCUCUAUGUAAAUCCAUAGCACACCCGCAUCUUGAAUACUAUGUGAAGAUGUGGUCACCUCAUCUCAAAAUAUAUAUAUUGGAAUUGGAAAAGGUUCAGAAAGGACAACAAAAAAUAUUAGGGGUGUGGAACAGCUUCCAUAUGAGGAGAGCUUUAGUAAGCCAGGGACUUUUGCAACUUGGACAAGAGAUGACUAAGUGGGGAUAUGAUAGAGAUCUGUAAAAUCAUGACUGGUGUGGAGAAAGUAAAGAAAGAAGUUUUAUUUACCCUUCUCAUAACACAAGAACUAGAAGCCCCCAAAUGAAAUGAAUAGGCAGCAGGUUUAAAACAAACAAAAGGAAGUAUUUUUUCACACAAUGCAGUCAACCUGUGGAACUCCUUACCAGAGGAUAUUGUGAAGGCCAAGACUAUAACAAGAGUUUAAAAGAAUUAGAUACAUUUGUGGAGGAUAGAUCCAUCAAUGGCUGUUAGCCAGGAUGAGCUGGAAUGGUGCACCUGGCCUCUGUUUGCCAGAUGCUGGGAAUGAGCGAAAGGGAUCACUUGAUCAUUACCUGUCCAUUCCCCCUGGGGCACCUGGCAUUGGCCACUGUCAGCGGACAGGAUAUUGGGCUAGAUGGACCUUUGAUCUGACCGAGUAUGGCUGUUCUUAUAUUCUUAUGCAGCUGCCAUUGACUUCAGCUGGAGUUGUGUAUCUGCAGCAUCUCUGAAAGCAGACCUAUAAACUCUUUUUUUGAACUUUUAUGUGCUGUCCCCACUUAGAAUACAUCUGGAAGGGUUGCCUCCAAGGUUACAGAGAAGGUCAUCGUGUCAUUUUUGACUAUGGAAAGAAUAUGAUCGACCAAUUUAACACCAAAGAAAAUCAAACUCGGUGGCCUCAUGUGAAAAGUAAUCAGUUUUGUAUUUUGCUUUGGACAUCCAUGCAUUAAUAUUCUGCAAAUAUGAUUUCCUCUUUGUUUGCAUUAUUGAUGCUAUAAAAUGUCAGACACACUAAAAAACAAACUAAAAAAACCCUUCAACAACCCAACCUUCAGGGUUUAGAGUAAUUUUGCCUGAGUCACAGAUAAGGUGGUUGUCGUUUUUGCUUCUCAUGGAUAUUAAUACACUGGUCACUCAAUCUACCGCUGACUUCAAAAACAUUCGCUUUGCUAGCUGUGUUUCAAAGAAUACAAAACCCUGACAUUGUUGUGCCCCAGGCAGGAAGUCAAAAGUGCCCAGGGUGAAGUACCACUUUGUUAUGGUUGGGUUUGUGACAGGCAUCCCCUCUCUCAUAGGGUCUGUUGCACCUCUGAGGUUCCCAGCACAGCACCACUUCACGACCAUCUUUGUUCCAGCCAAGAAGGACAGGGAGUGUCUGUCCCCUUUUGUCAGAGCCAUUCUAUCACUUGGGGUUGCCCUUGAGCAGUACUGGACUCCUGCCUCUUGCAGUGAUAGGUGGAUAUUAUAACUCCACAGCACACCAGCCCUUAGUUGCCCAAAAAUUGAGACAUAAUCAGGAAGGGGUGACCUGUAUUAUUUUCAGCCGCCAUCUAACUACAUCCCAGAAUCUUAGGCACUUGUUUUCACGAGCACUGAAUGGACAUCUUUACUGUGCUGUCCACAGUGCACCCUAGAUUUUUGUGCCAGAAAAGAUAUAGGGAACUCAGAACCCAUCCCUGUGUUGGAGGAAUUUAAAUUGCUCCUUCCAAUGUGCGUCUUCUUGAAUUGGCUGAAGAUGAGUUUCACUUGCCCAACAACUGAUUUACUUUCGUCCCUCCCACUCCUCCCUGCCCAACUCACUAAAUAAUUUUGUGCCAUUGACAAAUGUCACAUCAUUAUCCGCCCUCCAUCCCAAGUCAUUAAUAACUAAAUUGACCAGCACCAGUCCUGGCCUCGAUGUCUGGGGUUACUCCGCUAUUAACAUCUCUGUGCAAUAGGAAAUGCCCCGUUACUCUUCCCAUAUGCUCCCUGCUUCUCCUUGUUUGUGUUUGAUCCAUGGUAGGACGUUACCCCUUCCUCUGGCUAUCCAGUUUCCUUAUUCACCUCUUAUGAGGGCCUUUAUCAUAAUCUUUUUGAAAGUCUAUUAAAAUGAUACAAAUGUCUACUUUAUCUAUUAUUUCCUUCCCUCUUCCAAAGCAUUCUCAAAGGUUAGAGACAAAAUUGACUCUUACAUAGGCUACGUCGGCAUGUCCCUGCCUUGUUGCCUUCAUCUGGGGGCUUCCCAACUAUUAUGUAGUUGGCUUCCCGAUGCUUUUUCCGAGUCCUACAAUUAGAGCUCCCCAUCUCACUGAGGUCUUGAGUAAAAAUGGAGGUCAAAUCAUACUCUGCUGGCGGGACCUUCUGCACAAUGUUGUGGGGAGGAAAUCUCAGCAAGUUUCUCCUUGGAUUUUUGCUCCAGUGAUAGCAUGAACAGGGAUUUGGGGGAGGGAGAUAAAAGAGCUCCCAGUUCUGUAACCUCCUGCUGAGAUUUCCACAUGGAAAUCUGGGAGCAGGGCAGAGGACACUGCCAUGGAGAGCAACAUGUCUCUUAUUCAGUCCUCCUCCCAGCCCAAGCCUCUGAAGUCCACAGAGUGCCUCGGCACAGAGGUGCAGCUCAGGUGCAUGCCCACAGCACAAUUAUGGGGAAUUUCCAGUUGUGCCCUGCCACCUCCAGUGAGAUAGGAACAAAGGUAGUAAAAGUCCCAGAGUAGAAAGAGUUCUGGCUUAUGAUGUUUUCCCCACAGGGAUGAUUUAGUUUCCUUUUCUAACUCCAUUAUUUAAGACACAAUCCCACAGUAACUAUAAACAUGCUCUGAAAUAUGGAAUGAGUGUGAGGAAUCUGUUUGUUUUAGUUUUUAUGCCUGUAAUUUCUCUCGCUGAGAAUUCAGCUGUUAACUCAGCCCCCAGCUGGUUGUUCUGAUUGGAAAGUCAGUCAGGACCGAUUCCUGAUGGGAUCUGCUCUAGUCCAUCCUAGUUCUUACAUGCUUGGGCUGUGGCAAUGGAAAUAAUAAGCAAAAAGGACUGAGUUAUUGUUACUGUGUAUAGACCUGAACCCUCCACUUGCUGCUGGGCUAAAGCCUGAUAGAUGUUGAGCACCACAAGUGUUCACUAGAAUCAGAAAAGGUUGUGGGUUCUGGUUGCCUCUUGAGAUCGUUCAUUGUGAUGUUAGGAGUAGAGUUUCAGGGAAGGAGGGGGUGAAAUUGUACAAGAAAAAAAAUGUCAAACAAACAAAUUGGCGUUUAGUGCAACAAAAUCCACAAUUGUACAUGAGACAAGAUUGAACUCAUCAUAUUCUCCCUAACAAGAAAGAAUAUUUGCUACAGAGAGAGGAACGAUUCUCUGUCCCAAUAGCUUUUAAUUUUGUUUUUCUUGUUCUUCUGCUAGAGCAGAACAAACCAUGGCUCACAACAUCUUUGAAAGCUGGAAAUGAGGGUGAAAGGUGGGGUUGGGAGCGCAUGCUAGCCUGAUCUUGUUCAGUGAUGUAGAUGGGUAGCAGCACAGCGUCUUCCCAGAAUCAGCCCCUAAUCAUCUGGCAAAAGAUCCUCCUCGCCCCCAAUCUAUUUUGUGCUAGCAUUUUUCACAAUGCUGUAAAUCAGUUUUAUCUCUGAGAUUAAGAGACAAAAGCAGCCACUAAUCUGGGGAUCCUGCUGUAUUUUAAACCGUUAGAAUCAUUUCCCUGCAGAUCAAAACACCUGCCUAAGGUCAAGAAAGGCGCUGAUGGAAAACCAAGCAAUGAGAUUGUUUUGAUGACCUGUCUGCACCUAAAUUUUUGCAACAUGUUAACCACAGCCGCCAGGGAAUUCUGUGCUGAGGACAGAGACACCUCCGACACCGCAGAGAUCAAUUUCAGGCAGCUCCGCUUAAGAACGGUGGGUGUAAUAAACGUUAUCGGAGGCAGGCUGUCAUGCAGUGUCUGCAGCUGAUGACUGAGUGUUUAGUCUGUCAGACUUGUUCUGGUCUCUGGUUUCAGGGUGGCAUGUUCUUACUGGCAUCUAAUUUGGGGCUGUGUAUUCAGCACCAUGGACAACGGUCACCUGCUAGAAUUGAGUGAAAUUUACAGGCUCUCGCCUAGCUUCAUCUCGCACAGGGCUCUGUUUUUCUCCCCUUGUUUCUAAGCGCUGGUGGUGGUUUUUCCUAGUGGCUGCUCUUUUGUGUGUGCUUUGCUUAUCCAACUCAACAUGUCAAGACUCCCCCCCCCCACCACCACCACUGCUGUACCUUGAACCUGCUGACAUUGGGUCUGCUCCUAAAUCAGUGUGUUCUUCUGUAUGCAUUAGGACUACUUGGGUGAGUAAGGGGGGCAGGGCUGGAUCUGUACAUCUCCCGCUCUGAGAAACAGGCCAGAGAGCUCUCAGAAGAAACGGCUUGAAGAUUAAUAGGGAUCCAUGCAGGUCAGUAGUUCUCAACCUGCAGCCCAAUUAGCACACAGCUGUGGCUCAUGUGACAUCCUCAGAGCCAUACAGGUAAUAU